AAGGGUAAAAGGUGCCUCGCGCGAGAAACGACGGUGGUGGUUUUGCACAGCAUCGUAGGUCGGUCGUGGUGUAAAAAGUCUGUCGGACCGUCUCCCACGGUUUUUCUCGGCGCGAAAUAAUUGCGUUAACUCACCCCGACGAGUCUCACCUUCGAUUUGUGUCCCCUUUAUCAUUUAUAUUUACGCGACGCGGCUUUGACACUCGCUCCCUCCCCGUCCUUGCGCAGAGCUUUUUUUUCUAAUCGUUUCUAACGACGUCGGAUUUGUAGAGUUGGUAACAGAGUUGGUAACAGUACCUUCGCCGCGAGAAGCGCGGCAACUUCACGGCAUUCUCGUCGCGCUUAAAAGUCACGCAAAGUUUCAGCAGAAAUUAACAUUCGUUCGAGUGUGCGCCCUGGUCUCACACGGAUAGGAAAGUACAUACGUAAAGUAUGUCGCCUACAAUCGCCGGGCGAUCGAUCCCCGCGAGAGAAAUUCGAGAAAUUAAAUCCGCAGGACGCGGAUCUCGAGCGCGCGCUGCGCUGACUAAUUAGCACGGACGAUUGAAGGUUAGGGAGGCAAGGAGACCUCCGGGGCUCCGGUGUCUCUCGCGACGGAAUAAUUGAAAUCCCGGGAGGCGUCUCGCGGGGCUCGCAGGUGUCGCGGCAAUUCCCGUCGCCGAGAGUUCAACGCGGCUUUUGCCCCCGACGGAACCGAUGAUCAAAGUGCGGUAAAUCGCGGGAUCGAUCGACGCGCGGGACCCGGGGAACGCGCGAUCGAACGCGAUUAGCACGCGACGACGAGGGCUUUGCCCCACCGAGGGCGACACCCGAUCGCGUUGGACAAUCUCGGUGCAUUCGGACAGCGAUAACGGACACACGUCCCGGACGUGGUCAUCGCCGACCGCAGAGAGAGAGGGAGGGAGAGAGACGAACGGCUAGCAAUCGGACGCGGAUCGCGCGUAGGACUGCCUAUAAGCCACGUACGUCCCUGAUCCAGUCUGGCUCGACAUUGACGUAUUUUAUCCUCGGAACCUGUUAUCAAUAACGUCAAUGAUGGAGACGCUAACUGAGAUGCCGGGAAACACAACGGUGGGUAGCACGCUACUCGACGAGGAACUUCGUCGAAUUCUGCAGGAACGUGAGCAAGAAUGCAUGAAGCUGAAAGCCGCGAAUACGACGCUGCCGCCAUCGGAACCGUACUGUCGACUCACUUUCGACGGAUGGUCCUGUUGGCCAAACACUCCAGCGGGAUCAACAGCUUAUAUACCGUGCCCUGCCUUCAUCACCGGCUUCGACGUAUCGCUGAAGGCGCACAAAUACUGCGAGUUGAACGGCACGUGGUUCCGGCAUCCCGAAUCUAAUCAAAUAUGGAGCAAUUACACGACUUGUGUGAAUCUACAGGAUCUGAGCUGGCAGCAAAGUAUAAAUGGAAUCUACGAGGCGGGAUACGCGAUCUCCUUGGUAGCUCUAUUGCUUUCCUUAGGAAUUCUCACGUACUUCCGAUCUCUCAGAUGCGCACGGAUUACGCUACAUAUGAAUCUAUUCACCUCAUUCGCAUUCAACAAUGCCUUGUGGCUGAUUUGGUACAAGUUCAUAGUAUCGAAUACGGAUCUACUACUUAAUAAUGGCAUACCAUGUCGCGUUCUGCACGUAGUCCUUCAUUACUUUCUAUUAACAAACUACGCUUGGAUGCUCUGCGAAGGCUUCUACCUGCACACGUUGCUAGUGAGUGCGUUCACUAGCGAGCACAAAUUAGUGAAUUGGCUGAUGGGACUCGGGUGGCCAGUGCCAGCUGUAAUUGUCACCUUAUACACAGCGCUACGUGCAUCUAGCGACGAUCCUGCAGACACCGAGCAAUGCUGGAUCGAUGAGGGCAACUACAAGAACGCGCUGAUUUAUCCCGUACUGGUUUCUACUUUGCUGAAUGUGCUUUUCCUAUUUAAUAUCGUGCGAGUUCUUCUCAUGAAGUUACGUGCCGGUCCCGCCAUUGGAACGCGCCCUUCACGAUCUAUACUGCAAGCUUUCAGGGCCACGUUACUUUUAGUGCCUCUCUUGGGCCUCCACUAUCUAGUAAUUUUGUUUCGGCCACCAAAGAAUCAUCCUUGGGAAAACUUCUACGAGGUCCUAUCUGCAAUCACAGCUUCUUUCCAGGGUCUUUGUGUGGCGGUGCUUUUCUGCUUCUGUAACGGCGAGGUAAUAGCACAAUUCAAGAGAAAGUGGGAUGGCAGCGUCCUUUUGCGGAAACGAGCCAACUCCUGCACGGCCACGACAGUCUCGGUAUGCGAUAUUGACAAAAAUUUAUCCGCUCGACCGCAGGUCCGAUGGCGGGAGAGGAGAAGGUGUGACUAUCAGCCGGCAGCGUCGGCGGUACCGAGGGACGAUGACUGCAGCAAGCGAUUGGCGAGCGAGGACCAACAGCUGCAGCAGCCACAGCAGACCGUGCAGGUGAUUGCCGCGGGUCGACCGGGUAAUCAUGGCAACAACAAUCACACGCGGGUACUCAUCAAACGCGGGGGUGGUGCUGGCGACGGCGGCGACGAUUCUUCCCACGACGAGUGCGAUCAAACGCAGUGUUGAUGACGAUCGACACCGGAUCAACACCGGGGAUGAUCGUGCUACCACGGGACCACGGAGAAAGAAAAUCACCUCUCUUGCAUCCCGAAACCGAAAUAGAUAAGACCGAAUAAACUGGCGAAAUUUAUUCGCGAUUCACAAACUUGCCGAUGAGGCCCCCAUAAACUCUGUCGCAGAGAUCGGGAGAAGUAAUAGCGUAUCUUAUUUUCUACGUGUAAUGCAAUUCGGAGAAAUCCUAGAUACCAAAGAGGAUCCAAGAGGAACUCAUUUUGAAUUCCUAAAUUAGGAAGUAAACGCUUUUUUUUUGUUCCACCUCUGUUCUAAAAAAAAAACUCUCUUUUAAAAGAUUCAAAAAGAAUUUAAAUCGACUUUUAAUUCUUUUUUUUUUCAGGGUACAAAGGAAAUUCUUUUUAUACUCUAUAAAAAAUUGCAAAGGAAUUUUUUUGCAUUUGUUUCAACCGAUAUUGGACUAAUUCAUAAAAAAUUUAAAACGGUAAAUCCUUUUUUUUGGAAUUUUGAUCUGUGCUACAUGGGAUUUCUCCUUUUCUCAUUAUACAUACGAUUCCCUUUGGCAUUGAGGAAGGAAGAGUAAUGUAAUGGAGUGAUCUAAAUUCGCGUCGAGUAUUUGCACGAAUUCUUUUAUUUUUUUUAACGAAAAAGCGAAACGAGUUGUAUCAUUACUCCGCUCCACCGCUCAAUCUCAAACGGAGCUAGAGAGAGAGAGAGAAAGAGAGAGAGAGAGGAAUGUGCGUGAUCAAAGAUAUUUUUUAAUACUCCUGGGAUACAAAGGCCUAAGUCCUACGAAAUUUCCUAAGGCCCAAACUUUAACAGAUUGCAGAUUUAUUUUUUUAAGGAAGAAUUAAUGAUAUCUCGCGAAGAGAUGGGGCAAAUGCGCGAUUUUAACAGAUUUUUUGUUUUUACGUAACGGGAAUCUCGAUUAUAACGAAAACAGAUAGAAAUAUUUGUAUUUAGAAUUUAUUAAUUUGAUGAAGAAGAAUCAUAUCAGUGAUCACAUACAUACACGAAAAAAAUGGUUUUGCUGAAGUAUCUAAAAAUUUAAGUGGAUACAAAUCUGAAAAUAACUUUGUUAGGCUAUGAAAGUAUCUAAUCUUGACGAAAUCGUCGUACAUAAAUUACUCUGACGAUUUAACAAAAUUAUUUAUAGAUUUGAAUCCAGCAAAUUUUUAAAUAUUUUAGCAAAAUCAUUCUUUCUGGUAUAUGGUUGUUGUUUUUAUACUAGCGAAGAAAUUGCUAUUAUUUUUUUGUGCAAUGUUUAAAAGUGAUCUAUUAAUGUUAGUGUUUCUUGCCAAUCGUUUCGCGCUAAAUGUGAGUGACGCAAUUUAUUUGUACAUAAUUUUAACAUCUACGUGACGUUAUAUAGAUGUAUGGGUCGACUGUGUGUUGAUAUUCAUUGUUCACAACACAAUCGUAAGAAAGGGAGUCUGUAAUAAGAAUACAUGUUGAUAUGCGGUACUAAACUAGUCUUAACUGUAUAGAGUAGAUCGCGUAAAACUGUAAAAAUCAUGAGUAAAACAAAUUAAGUUUUUAAAAAUAAGUUAAUGGAUUUAAAACGAAGAAGGGCAUUUACGAAGCUUAAGAGAACAACCGAAGAAUUUGGAGAAAAUUCUCUGAAAUCUCAACACGAAUACUAUAAAUCUCAAAUUCAGGUACCUAAAACUGCUUUGAGGACGUUUCAGGAUUCGAACUUGAAAUAUUUCUUUGAUAGAAAUGACAAUGACCAGAAUUUCUUUUUUUCAUAUUGAUGUUUGGGGAUGUUUCUAGAAUAUCAAUACGAAUAUACUAUAAAUCUCAAAUUCAGGUACCUUAAAACAGUUAAAACUGCAGUUGAUGUGUGUUCGGGGACGUUUCAGAAACUUGAAACAUUUCUAUAGAUAGAAAUGACAAUGGCCAAAGAUUUUCUUUUCUUCGUAUAUGGUUGUAAUAUUGUACAAUUGUUUUGUUACGUGUGUGUACAUAUGUCUAAUUCUAUGUAAUGUCGAUUAUGAAAAAUCUUAUAAAAAGUAAAAAAAAUAUAUAUAUAAAUCUUGAUGGUUGCAAGAAAUUCAUAUCUCCGCAAGCGGAACGAAUCUCAAGAAAAUUGUUUAGAAGAUUUAAUAUAUUUUGCGAAAGGGUACAAAUAAAUAAACUAAUACCAAGUUAA